CACCCCUUUGCCUUCGUACUCCUCCAUCCCCAUCAAGCGGGCAAGCCUAGACGGCGACAGAGAGCUAGCUGGUCUCUUUCCACUUGCACCUCUCCCUUUGCCCCCUCGACCGCGCCCGUCAUGGCGGACACUCUGCCAGCGGUAGAGCUGUUCACCACCUCGAUUCUAUCCAACCACAAGGUCAGACAUCGUCAUGAGCGGUACAUUGCCGUCUUUGCCGCCAAGAAGAUCGACUACGUCUAUCAUGAUAUGGCUUCGGAUGAAGAGGCCAAAAAGAGGUUCAGAAGAAAGGCCCUCGAUCAGCAAAUCCCCAAUAUACUGGUUCACAAUGAAUGGAGAGGUACAUUCGAGGAGUUUGAAGAGUCUGUGGAGUUCGGAGAGCUCGACCUCUUCCUCAGAAUCGACCCUAGCAAAGUUGCUACCUCGAAUGUAGCAGCGGAACCACUCCCACCUUCGAAUGAUGAACCUCCGGCGGCUUCGAGCUCGACCAUCACAUCGACUUCAUCGAGCUCCGCGACGCCUCUUCAGAAGCUUCCACCGGCUCCCUCCGUGAUGCCUAGGAUGGCACCCGUUGGCUCUGGCGCCGGACCGAAACGGGAUUCAGCUAGCGACCUCCUGGCCUCGAUCGACCUUGCCAAGUUCAAUCUGACAGAUGACGAUAUUGACGCUCUUCUCGAGGAAGCCGAACCACUCAAAGCUAAAGCAGCCCACCAAGCCACUACCAAGGCGCCAAAGACGUCAACCCUGUACCCCGGAGAGCAGGCCAGCGCCCAAGAGGUCAAGAGGACAUACUUCCCUUCCGAGAAUGCAGGCGUGAAGCCGCUUCGACUUCCCAAGAUGGGCAAUACUGCCAGUCCGUCCGUUGCAUCGACAUCGACGACAGCUCCGACCCCUUCCUCCAGCAGCUCAGUCUCGCCGAACUCUUCGUCAAUCGCUAGAUUUUCAGCAAGUCAGAAUUCCACACGAGCAUUGGCAGCUGAGGCUUCUGCCAGCGCAUCAAGUAGGAAUUUCUCGGCCCGCCAAGUGCGAGCUGGUCUGGACUCGGGCAAGCAGCUCCAGGAUGUUUUGGGAGACUUCACCGCUAGCAGUUCACGUGGAGGGAACGCUGCAGCAAGCUCAGUCGAUGCCCUCUUCGAAGACCUCGGUCUCGGCGAUAUCAACAUGUCGGAGCAAGAGGCAGAGGCUUUCCUCUUGGACGGAAUCGUUCCGGAUGGCCUCGAGCUGGGUGGAAGCAGGAUACGAAGGAGCAAGAGCAAAGCCGGCAAGGCAAGGGAGGAGGAAGCUGCCAAGAGCGUGGCUGCUCAAGCUCGAGAUCUGGCGGCGGACAGACGAGCCAGUGCUCAGCUUGCAAAGGAGCGCAAGGAGCGCAAAGCUUCGCUGAACGCUCAAGAGAUGCUCAAGACUCUGACGGCUGGAGAGGCUGCAACACAGCCUGGUAUGGGGCUCGGCGUGGUACCAGAAGCGGUGCCGGAAAUCUCGGACAAGACGAAAGAGAUGCUGGAGAAAGCCAGAGAGAAGCGCGCAAGCCGACUAGUUGGAUUGCCGUCGACUGCGCCACGGUCUGAGCCAGAUACGCCUACAAAUACCACUGAGACUCACUUGCAAAGCCCGUUGUCGGAAGAGCAGAACAUCAAGAACAAAAGGACAGGUGAUGAGCCAGACACAAAUUCUCAGGCCGAGACAAAAGCUGUGGUCUCUCCUUCUUCAAGUGAAGAGCCAUCGACAGCCGCUCCCACAGAGAUGAUUACGGACAUUGACGCGAACGCUGCAGCCCCUGUUCCCGGAGAUGCGCCUAGAGCGCGGACAAGCUUGCCUGCAGAAUCUGCUGCAAGGCCUCCAAUCGAGGCCGUUGCUGAGAAGCCUGUGACCACUGCCCUCAGUGGGUCUACAGCGUCAGCGUCUGCUGCUGUUGCUGAUUCUUCGAAGGUGUCAUCAAAGGCUGUAGUCGUAGAUGAGACGCUUGAACCCAUCCUCGAUGAGAAGCGAGCCUCCUCAUCCGCUCGCCCUUCGAGAACGUCCUCUGCCGCUCUCGACGAGACUCUCGAGCUGGUCUUUGAUGACGACAAGACACACGCAAAGACGGGCAUUGAAGCAACUCCGGUAUCCGAGGUUCUCACAUCUCCCAAGGGAGAAGCAAAGAUGCAGGUCAAGCGAAAAGAACCUCCACCGGUCGUUUCCGCACUGUCUCGGGAGACUGUACCCACAUCUGUAGAUACAGCGGCAGCACCAAAAGCCCUACCAAAAGAGCCAGCCGAGACCACUCCACUGGUCGAAGAGAAAGACGAGAAGAUCGAGGACCUGCUUGCGAGACUGCAAAAUUUGGGCAAGUCCAUGGGAAGUGGACUUGGCAAAGAGCCCGAUGGUCCUCUCGCCCCUCCCGCUCCCAUCGCAAAGUCACCCCCAGACGCAGCAGAAAUACAGUCUAGCCCCGGCGCUCCCCUUCCUCGCAAGCCCAGGGAGCGCGACACCUCGUCCAACAGCUCCGGCUCACGACGAGCCAUCGAUGUACAGCGCACGACCAUCUACCCCGCAACCAUCUCGCCCUCGUCCUCCUUCAGUGGAAAUCUCCCCUCCACUCAGGGGACACCACGCAGCCCUCCUACCAGGGAAGGCUCAUCGGCAGCGGCAUCCGCGUCGCCCAUUGCGGGCAGUCUUGCCUCUCCACAACCAGCUUCAAACGGGAGCGCCAGCACUGGCGGUAGUACAUCCAAGAGUCCUAAACUGAAAGGUCGCCUGAGCAGGAUCAGGAGCUUUGGAUCGAUGAAGCGAAGUGCCUCUAGUAGCUCAAAUCUCUCCUCUCCACAACAGCAACAGCAGCAGUCGCAGUCGCCUUCUUCGCCUCGGGAGGUAGUACCCGAAGUCCCUUCUCUUGCGAGCGUAGCAAGCAUAACUGGGACGGCAAGCAGCAGCGCCCCUGGCCAAACUACAGUCGAAUCUCCGCAACGCACCUGGCGAUUGGAGCGUACGCUCAGUCAAGUCUUGCGAGACGCGGAUGCCGCCUUGGGGGAAGACGCUGAUUUGGACGGCAGCAGCUACAGCUAUGAGGGUGCUUCGAGCGGGGACGGUGUAGGUGGUGCAGGAAAGAAGGGAGGGUCGAGGUACAGGCAGAGUGUGCUGAUGCCUGAUGAUGGCUUGGGAGAGCCGGAGAUCACGCAGUGAGCGUUGGUUACGGGUCACUGAUCGCUGAUGAGGUAAAACACUAAGGGCCUAGCUUAGCGGAAGCGAACGUCGACAUGGACUACUGUAGUGUACUUGGAUUAAAAAUCGCCUGCGCUGGACGGUUUCGUCAUCAGCAGCAGUGCCUGUCCUGAGGGGCACGAUUGACAAUCUAUCUCAUCCAACCAC